AUGGAGGAAUUACGACAAGUAAUUUUGGGAGAAGCCCACCGAUCCAGAUACUCAAUAUACCCUGGUGCCACUAAGAUGUACAAAGAUUUGAAGGCUAUGUAUUGGUGGCUCGGGAUGAAGAAAAGUGUGGCAAGGUUCCCGAUAUGUUGGGCUGAGGUAGGUGAACGCCAAAUCUUGGGACUCAAGAUAGUUCAGGAGACGUCAGAAAAGAUAAAACUCAUUCGAGAAAGAAUCAAGAAAGCUCAGAAUCGUCAAAAGUCCUAUACGGAUACUAGAAGAAGGAAUUUAGAGUUCCAAGUUGGUGACAAAAUGUAUCUAAAGAUAUCUCCCCUAAGAAUGGUAACUCAAAGCAACAAGAAAAAUGGCAAGUUAAGUCCCAGGUAUAUAGGUCCGUAUGAUAUAGUGGAAAGAAUUGGACCAGUCGCUUAUCGACUCGCUCUACCCAUGGACCUAUCAAACCUCUACGAUGUAUUUCAUGUAUCGCAACUCCGUAAGCAUGAGCCAGAGCCCUCUCAAGUAAUGCCAACCGAAGUUGUCAAGGUUCAAGAAAAUCUUUCAUACUUUGAGAAACCGGUCAAAAUUUUGGAUCGUAGGGAUUAA